AUGGCGAACCGGCCCUUCGUCUUCCCCUUCCUGCGCGGGCUGUACGCCGCGUCCGAGCUCGAGGUCGACAUCCUUAAUGAGCGGCUGAACGAGUACCUUGGCUGCAGUUUCGACGACUUGCGCGAGACGCGCACCAACUCGACCACGAUGGAGCAGGUGCUCGUGAAGCCCGACGGCACCGAGGAGCGCGUGCCGUACCACUACGUCGCGAGCAUUGGGCCGGGCCCGCGCUCCAUCCUGUGGGGGUGGCAGCUCGCGCUCGACGCAGGCAGGCGCGACCCCGUGGCUGACGAGAUCCGCGAGUACGGCCGCUACAACGGGAUCGACGGGCUGUGUACCCCCGAAGUCGAGUUCCCGCCCGGCUUUGACCACGUCGACGACGACAGCGAGCGGCAGUACCUCGCGCACGAGCUCGGCGUGGCCACGACCGCCAUCCUCCACCAGCCCUACUUCACCUUUGCCGCCGGGCGGGGCUCGUUCAAGGUCGUCGUGCUCGACCUGCCCCUGCGGCCCAUCACGUUCGCCGACCUCGGCUCCGUACCGAGAUAUCUCGAGGAGAACCCCAACAUGAUGAACGAGCAAGCCGCCGUGCGUGGCUUCGCGGAGUCCCAGGGCUGGACGGUCAAGGAGCCCGUGCCGCCGCGCCUCGUCAUCUCCGAGUCGGAGCCUGCGACCGACGACAACAGCUACACGAUCGACUUUACGCUCUCUGGACGCCUGUUUAGUUUCACGAAAGACCUGCCUACGAGGCCGUGCGCCGCCACAAUGUAG